AUGGACAAAUAUCGACCAAAGAGGCCGACCACCCUGGCUCUGUUCCCACAGCUGCCACAGGCCGGCACCCAGGACACCAUCAACAACAACUCUUUCGGAAAGAAGGAAAGUUGGAAGGAUACCCACUCGUCCUCUCCACACAUCACAGGGGACCUAGCACCACCGGAUGUUAAACCCAAAGCAGAGGACAAAGUCCGGCACAACACUCGGCGCCCUGCACCCAAACCCCCGACAGCCAAUGAGGGGAGGAGCCGGAGCAACACUCAGGCGCCGGCCAACGCCUCCUCGGACGCUCGCACUCGCCUGAGGGACAAACAAGGGCCGGGCGCCACGCACACACAGACCUCCAUCCCUCCGAGGAGUCAGAGGAGAGGAGCAGCCACAGCAGCAGGAGGAGGGAGAGGAGGAGGAGGAGGAGGAGGAGGAGGAGGAGGAGGAGGAGGAGGAAGAGGAGGAGGAAGAGGAGCAGCAGCGAUGAGAGACAGGAGCCUGGGGGACGUCAAGGGGAAGGAUGGAGUGACGGCCGGGAGGGAGGAGAGGAGAACAGGGAGGCUGUGUGCGGAGGCCAAGGCCAAGGAGAAGGAGAAGGAGAGGAAUGUCCAUCAGAGGCCGAGAGAAACCAACGGCCUGAAGAGCCGGGGGUCCGAGGGGAAAGGGAGGGGGGGCUCUAAAGCCGGGAACCGAGGAGGAGGGGGGGCACUGAAACCAAAUCACCUGCUGUCCAACCCGGAGGUCUACCUGCCGGCCAUGGUGGUCCCACGCACACCUGUAGCACCGAGGAGCCAGGACAAGACCCGGGACAAAGGGCAAAUCCAUGACGGGACCCAGGACAACCCUCGGGCCAUGUCCCGGUCCAGCAGUGAGGGGGGGUCCAACAGGAUGUCCCUCAGCUCCGACAACGAGGGCCCCCCCCCAGGGCCCCCCCCAGGGCCCUUGCAUCCGUCUCUCUCCCACAGAACCAACUCUGACAUCAGGGAGGAGGACGGCGAGGGAGACCCGACUCCCGGCCGGAGCGUCCAGAACCGUCCGUCCCUCUGCCCAGCGGGGGGGCACGAGACCACUGAGAUGGACUGCACCAUGUCGGAGGCGGAGGCAGGGGGGGGGCGAGGUGCCAGGCACCCGGCUGUCACUCAGGGAGAAGCUGUGGCUGCUCGGACUCUAACAAAGAGCGGGACCGCAGCAGCAGCGUUGAGUUCUGACUCAGUGAAACACACGCUGGUGGUGGACGCACACGCUCGGCUGGAGCUCGUCCGCCUGCAGGACUGUUUGCACGGUAACCACGGCAACCACGGCAACCACGAGCACAACGACGACAGCGACACGGAGACGGUCUAUCAGUCGGCCAAUGAGGAGGAAGACCCAGAUUAUGAGGAGGAGAUGAAGAGGAGCGAGGAAGCAAGGAACCAAGAGAGAAGAAAGGAAGAGGAGGAGGCGAAGAAGAGGAGGAGAGAGGAGGACGUGAAGAGGAGGAGAGAGGAGGAGGUGAAGAGGAGGAAGGACGUGGUCACAAAGAUCGGCAGUCGACAGUCCAAGGUAACGUCGACCACGGCGUCAGGGGGGGAGGAGCCUCUCGGAGGAAGAGGCGGAGCUCCCAGCAGCAGGAAGUUCCUCAACCUGUUUGCCAACAACAGCCACUACAGCGCCACAGGCGCCGGCUGCUUCGGUGUCUUCUCCUGUGUUCUGGACGGAGUGGAGCGACCGCAGAGCCACCGCGCCGUCUACAGGUUCGUCCCCCGGCACGCGGACGAGCUCCACCUGGAGACGGACGACCCGGUGCUGCUGCUGAAGCAGAGCGAGGACCUGUGGUGUCAAGGUUACAACAUGAGGACCGGGGCGACCGGCAUCUUCCCGGCUUUCUACGUCGUCAAGUUGGACAAAGAUAUGAACCAAGUACAGCAGGACGGUUGGGUUGAAAAGUUCCAGGUUCGAUUCCUGGGUUCGGUUCAGGUCCCGGUUCACAAAGGUCGAGACGUGAUGUGUGCCGCGAUGCAGAAGGUUGCGUGUAACCGGAGGUUAGCAGGUCAGCCUCCAUCGUCCUGUGUGCUGGAGGUCAGCGUGAAGGGCGUGAAGAUCAACGUCCAGGACCAGUGUCACUCUGCUCACAGGGGGGACCAGUGUUUCCACUUCUUCCAGUUGAAGAACAUCUCGUUCUGUGGUUGUCAUCCUAAACACAGCAAGUAUUUUGGUCUCAUCACCAAACAUCCCGACCAACAUCGCUUCGCUUGUCACGUGAUGAUGUCAGAUGCAACAUUACAUCCUCUGGCCGAGUCGGUGGGGAGGGCGUUCCAGCAGUAUUACAAGGAGCACAUCGGCUACUCCUGUCCCACUGAAGACAUCUUCAUCGAAUAGCACCUCUCCUCCAUCCUUUCUACAGAAUACUC